AUGAGGAGGAGCCGACACCGCGCAAAUAUGGGACUUCCUGUGCUUUUCAGAUGGCUUGUAUUCACAGUGGUAGUGCCUGCCUGGCUGCUUGCUGCUCCAAGCAGCAUCCGUGAGCGUCCCUGCCCCCAGAGCUGUAGAUGUGAUGGGAAAAUAAUAUACUGCGAAUCAAAUGCCUUCCGUGACGUGCCAAACAAUGUGUCUGUUGGCACACAGGGCCUUUCUUUGCGAUACAACAGCCUGGUGAACCUCAGAGCCCACCAGUUUGCAGGCCUGAGUCAACUAGUGUGGCUCUACCUCGACCACAAUUACAUCAAUGCUGUGGACGGCCAGGCUUUCCAUGGGAUACGGAGGCUGAAAGAACUGAUUCUCAGCUCGAAUAAAAUCACACUGCUAAAAAACAACACUUUCCAUGAUGUCCCGAAUUUACGUAAUCUUGACCUUUCCUAUAAUAAACUGCAGGUUCUCCAGCCUAAUCAGUUCUUGGGUUUACGUAAACUACUGAGUUUACACUUGAGAUCAAACUCUUUAAAAACUGUCCCAAUGCGAAUUUUCCUUGACUGUCGCAACCUGGAGUUUCUUGACAUUGGCUACAAUAGGCUACGGAGCCUCACACGUAAUGCCUUCGCAGGGCUCCUUAAACUCAUCGAGCUUCAUUUGGAGCACAACCAGUUUUCAAAGAUAAAUUUUGCUCAUUUCCCCCGCCUGACUAACCUGAGGGCCCUCUAUUUGCAAUGGAACCGUAUCAAACUUCUAACGCAGGGUCUGCCGUGGAUGUGGACUUCAUUGCAAAAGUUGGACCUCUCGGGAAAUGAACUUCAGGUGUUGGAUCCGAGUACGUUUCAAUGCCUCCCAAAUCUCCAGACUCUAAAUCUGGACUCCAACAAACUCAUCAAUGUGUCACAGCAGACGGUGGAAACUUGGAUCUCCCUCACCACCAUCAGUCUGGCUGGUAAUUUGUGGUACUGUAACCCCAACAUAUGUCCCCUUGUGGCCUGGCUCAAGGCCUUCAAGGGUAACAAGGAAACCACAAUGAUUUGUACCGGCCCUAAGGAGGCACAAGGAGAGAAAGUGACCGAUGUGGUGGAGACUUAUAACAUCUGUACAGCAACGCCGACCCCCAUUCCCUCAACGACAUCGCCCCUCACUCCUGCAUCUCAACCUGAGCGGCUCCCUCUUCCCACUCUGUCUGUAGUGGAUAAGAAGCUGAUCUGGAACAGGACAGCCUCCCCCACUCCUUCUGAGGCCUCCCCCACCAUCCCCUUGCCAGACACUGAGUAUGUGUCCUUCCACAAGAUCAUAGCUGGUAGCGUGGCCCUCCUCUUAUCUGUGGCUAUAAUUCUGCUGGUUAUCUAUGUCUCAUGGAAGCGCUAUCCCAGUAGUAUCAAACAGCUUCAGCAGCGCUCUGCAGUUAAAAAGCGUCAGAAAAAGGCACGGGAGACAGAGCGCUCCUUUAAUUCACCACUGCAAGAGUACUAUGUGGACUACAAGCCCUCACACUCAGAGACUAUGGAUGUGCUGGUGAAUGGGACAGGACCUUACACAUACACCAUCUCAGGCUCCAGGGAAUGCGAGAUACCGCGGCAGCUGAGUGCUCUGACGUUGUACAGGUGUGAGCAGUCGGUUCUGGAUUACUGCCAUGCCCACCUGUCGCUGCACCUCAACAUGGGCAUGGAGCCCACCACUCAGGAGCUGGGAGGUCCGAGGCCAGCCGGGUACCACCCGGGUCUAAUGGCUGCCCUCCCCUCCGAGCCUGUGCUGCCUUGCCCUCAGACCCACUCCCUCCACCAGUGA